AUGUCAGACACACAAACCUCCGGGGCAUCAACUGUCGACUCUGGCAGCAGCAACAACAACAAGCCACCUGAGAUCGUUUACACUAAGCUGCCCGCCGGGAAACUGCUAAAGAAAAGGGAUCUUCCCCCACACAAAGACAGCAUACCUUGGGACAGAGUUGAACUCCCAGUCGAUGUUAUGUUGUUGACGGUGAAGGAGUGCGAAUUUUUGAGUUGUGUUUCUUAUUUGAAUCCAGGAUUCUAUAAAAGUUAUCACGAAAAUCUUGGAUAUGUAUAUUUUGGGAAAAUUGGUGAAGAGGGGAAUACAAUGAAAAUUGCCAUACAAAGUUGUGAAAUGGGUUCUGAUGACGCUAUCGUUGUUGUGAAAAAUGCCACGGUAGCCUUGAGCCCCAAAGCUGUAUUUUGUGUGGGAUUUUGCGGUGGUUUAAAGGCAAAUCUCAAAUUAGGAGAUGUGGUAAUUUCUUCUAAGUUGAGGACGUACUCCUCUGUCAAAAUAACCGAAAGUGCCGUUGAAGAUCGGAACGUUGCUGUUCCGUUGAACACUCAUCUUUCAAAACUCCUGUUAGACGCGGAUUCCGGCUGGAAACCACCGUUGAAAGAUGAGGUAGAGGUGGAUGUAAUCACAAAUGGCGUGCUUCUGAGCGGUCCAGAGGUGGUUGACAAUAAAGAUCGACGUGCAGAACUUAUCAGGCGAUUCCCUGAUGCCACUGCUAUAGAAAUGGAGGGCCAAGGUGAGAUUUCAUCUGUAGCUGAAAGAGUGAGUAGCGGUCACCGUCAAUGCAAAGCCUAGUAUGGUGGGAAUCUCGUAGAGAAACUGUCCUUUUGAUGAAAGAAAAUGCAUCAGUAUUUAUUCAAUUUUAUACUCCACCUCCGAGAUAUGGGCCACAUGCCAAAGCUAAGCAAUUAUAAUUAGUUUUAGAAAAGUAGGAAAAGGCAAGAAUUCAUGAAGGUCAGAAAAUACUUUUUGGGAUUCCAAAAAAUGAUUUUGAAAGCACGAGCAGCUAGUUCAGUCAAAGUAGUUAACUUUUAUUUUCUUGAUUGUUUAUUCAUUAUUUUUCUCUCUUUUUUAUUUGCCUCCAUGAGAAACCAAGUUAGUAGGCGCUUCAAAUUUUACCAAACAAGCACGUGAACUUUUAAACAGCACCCUGUCGCUAGAGCCAAAAGUGUUUAAUGGCAAAUUAACAUUUCGUUAGAGUUUAAAACAUCCUUUUGUAAUUUUGCCUUGUGUAAUUGAGUUUACUGAUGAAUAGAGUGUUUUCACUCACGUGGCCAGCAUCUAUGCAAAUUUAUUGGAACAAAAGAAAUCGUUUGCAUAAGAAAAGAGUUCAACUCCCAGAGGUCUGGUUUGGGACACCAACAUGGCCGCCGUUUCUUUGUUUUGGGACACCAAUAUGGCCGCCGUGACGUCAUCUGAAAACACUUUAUACGAUUCUUAGGAUUCCCUAUAAGUUAUUGCUGUAGGUCUUUUUGUUCUUAAGGAAGUAUAACUUUCUUUUAAGGUCUCUUCAAAGCGGCGCGGGACCUGAAGAUGGAAUGGGUUGUAAUUAAAGGAGUUUCCGACUUCGCAGAUGGCAAGAAGUCUGCCACAAAUGCCUGGAGACCAUUCGCAAGUGUUAUGGCAGCUUCUGUAACUGCUCACAUCCUCAGUGAUCCCAAUGCUUUCAAGAACUUGGAUCAUUACGGUGGUAAGUAA